UAGAGCAAUGGGCGGCCACUUCAGUAAAACGACAAAGCAAGACGCAAAGGUCAACGACGAUAGACCAACACCAAAGGAUGACAAGACCAGCGGAACAAACGGACAGCCAGCGCGCCCCCAUCAACGCCAUGUGAAGAGCGUCGCGGUCAUCGGCGCGGGCUACAGCGGCGUGGUGACGGCGGCGCACCUGUCGCGGUACGGCUUCGACGUGCGCGUCUUUGAGCGGUCGUCCGACGUCGGCGGCGUCUGGCGCUUCGACGCCCGCGUCCCGCCCGACCCACCGUACCCCAACGAGAGGCCGCAGACGCCCUUCUCGGACCAGCAGCCACCUCCGCCACCUUCAGGGCCGGCGGCGGACCUCGCGCAUGCGCCGCCGGGGCCCUGCUACGCAGGGCUGAGGAACAACGUGUCGACGAUGCUGAUGCGGAGCACCGUCGUGCCCUGGCCGGCGGGCACAGAGGAGUUUGUCACACACGACGACGUCGAGGCGUACAUCCGCUCCAUCGUCAACGCGGCCAACAUCCGGCCGCUGAUGUCGUUCGACACGGCGGUGCUGCACGUCGGCAAGCCGCCCGGCGCCGACAAGUGGACCGUCCGCACCAGGACGCUGCGGCGGGAUCUAGACGCCGAAAAAGUAGCAGGGAUCAGCUUCGACGAGCGCGAGUGGGCCUUUGACGCCGUCGUCUGCGCCUCGGGCCACUACCAGGAGCCGCGCGUGCCCGACGUUCCCGGCCUGGCGGCGUGGAAGGCGCGCUUCCCGGACCGCGUGGGCCACUCGAGAGCCUACCGCGACGCGGCCACGGCCCGAUUCGAGGGCCGGGCCGUGUUGUUGAUCGGCGCGGCCGUGUCGUCGCUCGACAUCGUCAAUGAGGCCGCCGCAGUCGCGGCAAAGGUGUACCAGUCCUCGCGCGACGGGCUCUUUGACGUUCCGGCCGCCAUGCUGCCGCUGGACCGCGGGAACGUCGAGCGCGUCGCGGGCAUCAGCCGGUUCGAACUUGCGCCGCCGCCGCCGUCCGCGGACGGCGGCGGCGACGUGCAGCAGCAGCAGCAACAGCUAGGAGACCAGGACCCCAUCCCCGGCGGCGCCGUGCACCUGGCGGACGGGCGGGUGCUGCGCGACGUGGCGCAGGUGGUGGUGGCGACGGGCUACGUGACGUCGUACCCGUACCUGGGCCCGCGCCUGCAGCGGCCGGGGCUCCCGCCGGCGGCGGCGCGGCGCGCGCGCGACCGCGACGUCGUGGUGGCGGCCGACGGCGUCGUGCACCACAACCUGCACAAGGACAUUUCGACGCGAGGUGGAAGGCCAAGCAGAGCAGGGGGGUGGCUGUCGAGCGGGGAAAAGGAGGACGUCGAGGACCCGGAGGCGGCGGGGCGGUGGGGGAAGAAGUUCCACAGCCUGCUGGGGCUGGACGAGACCUUCACCGACGAGCUGCUGGCCUGGGUCAACCCGCAGGCCGAGGCGGCCGGCGGCAGGCCCGUGGUGGGGCCGGACGACGCGUGGCGUGCACGGUACAGGCAGAUGCAGAGGGAACGUGCGUGGAGGUGGAAGGCGGAGGAGGAGGACUGA